AUGGCUACGCCUCUGAAGCCUCGUCGAGACACGCCGGAAGGGAGCCCUUCACGGUCGCUUGCCCCUGAAAACAACCCUCCUGAGCCUGACCAUGAGCCCUCUCAGCUUUUUAUAGAAGACGUACCGUCAGACCCAAAAGAAUGCAGCCGAUGCCACAACGAGAUAUCUCUUUGUGGCUUUGUGCGCAGCGCCAAGGAUCGCAGCACCAAAGGGUUCAGACCAGAAGAGAUGAAGGUGUGCAACAAGUGUGCCUUUGACCAGCACAAUGCGCGCGCAGCAGGAGAACACAAAGACAGGGUGCCGACGAGCGAGAGGAUGCAGAAACAGCUCAGCGAGGAAGAGUACUCGGAGCUUUACGGGGCAGAGGCGAUCAUCAAAAGGAUACCGGCGGGAGGGAAGAAUAACAACAAAGAUGAUGGCGACAGCGAUGAGGUUGAGUACGUUCCACCUGAACUUUGA